AUGGUUAAGUCAGAGCACAAGAUCAAAACAGAACCAUCAAAGCCAAUGCGAUCUUUAUCCUCAUCAUCAGGAUCAUCAGGAUCAGAUAGCAAGAAGAAGUACAAAGGAGUCAGAAUGAGAAGCUGGGGUUCAUGGGUGUCAGAGAUUAGAGCACCAAACCAGAAAACAAGAAUAUGGCUAGGCUCUUAUUCAACCCCAGAAGCAGCAGCCAGAGCCUAUGAUGCUGCACUUCUAUGCCUUAAAGGCUCCUCAGCAAAUCUCAAUUUCCCUUUAAGUUCUUCACAAUACAUUCCUAAAGAUACUGUCAUGUCCCCUAAAUCAAUCCAAAGAGUUGCUGCAGCUGCUGCAAAUAGUUUCAUUGAAAAUGCCAGCACUCCUCCUUCUCCUCCUCCUGCAUCAACCUCAUCAUCCUCGAUCUCUUCCCCUUCAAUGGUCUCCUCUCCCUCUGAUCAAAUCGAUGAUGAUGUCUCACUGAUGUCAUCUUUUGAGGCCUACACAAGCUGUGAUCAAGCAAAUGAAUCAAUGGCUAUGAUGGAACCUUGGUACAGUUUUGAUGGUGUACAAUCCCCUAAAUAUGUUGAUCAGAUGUUAAAUGGUGCUUUCUUUGAUAUUGAUUCAUCCCAUCUACUUGAUGAUCUGUACGAAGAAAGUGACAUUCGUUUGUGGAGCUUCUGCUAA